GGCGGCUGCUGCGCCCAUGGCGGCUGCUGCGUCGCGCCGCCGCCCGCCCUGCCCGCGCGUACCGCGGCGACGCGGUGGCAGCCGUGGGCUCGCGGCCCGACGCGGGCUCCGCGCUCUACCAGGUAGGCCGGGCCCCCGCCGCCGGGCCGCAGGCCGCACGCCGGGACCGGGACUGAGCCGCCGCCCGCUGUCCCCGCUCGGUCGCCCCGUGUCACGCGUGGGCCUGCAGGUGGCGGCCCCGGUGUCGGGGAAGCGCCCUGCCCGCCGCCCUCCGCCGGAAAACUAUGAACGAAUGAAAGCACUGGUAAAGGAACUCCAAGAACAAGCAGAAAAAAUCAGAUUAGGGGGCGGAGAAAAAGCUCGUAAGCUUCACACAUCAAGAGGAAAGCUGUUACCCAGAGAGAGAAUUGACAGGCUUAUUGAUCCAGGGUCUCCGUUCUUGGAGUUCUCCCAGUUUGCAGGCUACCAGUUGUAUGGUAACGAAGAGGUACCAGCAGGAGGAAUUAUCACAGGCAUUGGGCGAAUAUCUGGGGUGGAAUGCUUGAUUGUUGCCAAUGAUGCAACUGUCAAAGGUGGUACUUAUUAUCCCAUCACUGUUAAGAAACACUUACGUGCUCAAGAAAUUGCAAUGCAAAAUCAUCUCCCUUGCAUAUAUUUGGUUGAUUCUGGAGGAGCAAAUUUGCCUCGGCAAGCAGAAGUAUUUCCAGAUCGAGAUCAUUUUGGUCGUAUUUUCUAUAAUCAAGCAGUCAUGUCUUCACAAGGAAUUCCUCAGAUAGCAGUAGUAAUGGGAUCCUGUACAGCAGGAGGAGCAUACGUACCGGCAAUGGCUGAUGAAAGCAUUAUUGUCAGCAAACAGGGAACAAUAUUCUUGGGAGGGCCACCACUGGUUAAAGCAGCAACAGGUGAAGAAGUAUCAGCAGAGGAUCUUGGAGGGGCAGAUCUUCACUGCAGAAAAUCUGGUGUAACAGAUCAUUAUGCUUUGGAUGACAGUCAUGCACUUCAUCUAGCAAGGAAAGCUGUAAGAAGUUUAAAUCUCCAGAAGAAAAUAGAUGUGACUGUAGAACCAUCAGAAGAGCCUUUAUUUCCUGCUGAUGAAAUAUAUGGAAUAGUUGGUGACCAGCUAAAAAGAAACUUUGAUGUCAAAGAGGUUAUUGCUAGAAUUGUAGAUGGAAGUAAAUUUGAUGAAUUCAAAGCCUUGUAUGGAGAUACUUUAAUCACAGGAUUUGCAAGAAUAUUUGGUUACCCAGUAGGAAUUAUUGGAAACAAUGGAGUUCUUUUCUCAGAGUCAGCAAAAAAGGGUACACAUUUCAUCCAGUUGUGUUGCCAGAGAAAUAUUCCCAUUGUGUUUUUGCAGAAUAUUACAGGUUUCAUGGUUGGUAGAGAAUAUGAAGCUGGCGGGAUAGCAAAAGAUGGUGCCAAGAUGGUAACUGCUGUAGCUUGUGCCAGCGUACCUAAGAUAACAGUCAUUAUCGGUGGUUCUUAUGGUGCUGGAAACUACGGGAUGUGUGGAAGAGCAUACAGUCCAAGAUUUCUUUAUAUGUGGCCAAAUGCUCGCAUAUCGGUGAUGGGAGGGGAACAAGCUGCAACUGUUCUAGCUACAGUAGCAAAGGACCAAAAGGCAAGGGAGGGAAAACAGUUAUCUGAGGCAGAUGAAACAGCUUUGAAGGAGCCAAUCAUUAGGAGGUUUGAGGAGGAAGGAAACCCUUAUUAUUCCAGUGCAAGGUAACACAAAAAUGACUUUUCC